AUGAGUUCGCGCAGUUAUCGUGGACGUGGUAUGCAAGGGCAUCGAGGACGCCGAGGAGGAGCUCGGGUAAAGUUAUCCUCUAUGUGUAGUAUGCCCAAUUUGGAGACCAGAGAGACUGUUGGUACUCCCACUGCUAAGAUGGAGUCCCAAACUCAGACGUUGAAUGGGGCUGAAUUAUUCAGGGGCGUCAUAGGAGUUGCUCCCACCAUUGCUAAAUAUUGGCUUGAGGCUACCGAGCAUAUUAUGACAGACCUUGAUUGCACUCCUACUCAGAAAUUGAGAGGUCCUGUGUCCUUAUUCCGAGACGAAGCUUAUCAGUGGUGGUUAAUCAUUGAGCAAGGUGCUCAGUCUGAACAAGUGAACUGGGACUAUUUCAAGAACGCCUUCCAGGGUAAAUAUGUGGGGACACUGGUACUGUCUGAUUACGACAAGUGUGUGAGGUUUGAGGAAGGACUGAGAUAUGAUCUGCGGGUUCUAAUAAAUCUUCAGAGGGAGUGGGUUUUUGCGAUUCUUAUGGACAAGGCAAAAAUAGUGGAAGAGGUGAAGCACACUCUACGUGAGCGGCGUGACCGUGAGAAGGAUCAAAAUAAGGUUAAGAGGGAUUUAGGUCCUUCUAGUUUUAGUCAACGCCCUGAGAAGUGGGCGAGUGUAGGUCAGACUGAAGCUCAUCAGCCGGCACUAGUUUAUGCGGCGAGAUACCAUGAGGAGAGCGAUAAGGUUAAUGUCAUUGCAGGUACCUUCAUUAUACAUUCUGUUCUGUAUUAUGCACUCAUUGAUAUUGGCUCUACUCAAACGUAUAUAGCUAAUGUUGUUUUUGUAAAUCUGGGUUUAACUGCUGAGAAUACUACUAGAAAGUUUUCCGUGAUUAGUCCGUUGGGACAGUCAAUCCGAGUUGAUAGAAUAUACAGACGGGUACUCCUAGAACUUCAGGGCACAGUAUUUCCAGCUAGUUUAAUGGAAUUGCCCUUUAAUGAGUUUGACUUGAUUUUGGGAAUAGAUUGGCUUGUUGAGUAUCAAGUUAGUCUAGACUAUGUAACCAAAAGGGUUACUCUAAGACCAAUUGAGAAUGACGAGGUGGUUAUGGUUGGUGACCAUCGAGAUUACCUCUCUAAUGUAAUCUUCGCUCUUGUAGCAGAUAAGUUAGUCCGAAAGGGGUGCGAGGCAUACCUAGCUUACGUAUCUAACUCUACUACCGAAAAGCUUUCAGUGGGAGAUAUCCGCACUAUGAAAGAAUUCUCAGACAUCUUUCCUGAGAAAUUUCUCGAAGUACCUCCGGAUAGAGAAAUGGAAUUUGAAAUAGAUCUGUUACCAGCGAAGGAGAUCCGAGUUGAUCCCAAGAAAAUAGAAGCUGUUGUUGAGUGGAAACAACUAAAAAAUAUAUCUGAGCUUCGUAGCUUCUUAAGUUUAGCCUGUUACUACCGAAGGUUUGUCGAAGGAUUUUCUCUGACUACGUCACCUCUAAUGAAGCUGUUGCGUAAGAAUGCUCCAUUUGUGUGGUCAGAGACACAACAGUCUAAUUCUGAUAAACUCAAGUCUGUUCUGACAUAG